AUGGUGGAACUAGCUAGAGAUUUAGAUAUAGCCAUACGUAUAUUCAUGCAUCCAUCUGUUGUGUGCGUUCUAGUAUGCAUGAAUAUUUAUAAAACCACAGUAAAUGAAGCAUUAAAGAAACCAAUCUCAACCUCGACAAACAGUGAUUCUGGUUUGAUUCCCUCAUCAACAGCCAUUCCGAAUUGUUUAAUCGGUAAACGCAUUCGUGUCUAUCGGAAUGGUGACGUCUUUUAUAACGGGUUAAAGGUUGUUAUCAACACGAAACAAAUCAACAAUAUUCAAACGUUUUUGGACGUUAUUAACGAACGAAUCGGUUUAACAUACGGUGCAAAAAGACUUUAUACGAUUAGUGGGCAACUUAUCAAAUCGUUGGAUCAAAUCGAAAAUGAUAAAGAAUAUGUUGCUGCUACUAAUGUGUUUACACCGUUGAAUUAUGGUCAAUCACGAAGCAGAUUACCGUUUCAUCAUACCAAUGAAAUUACAAAGCUGAAAUUAAAUUCAGAUUCGUCAACAUCGUCGCCAUCCAAUCAAUAUACAAAACAAUCGUUACGAGUUUCGAGGAGUAACGAACCCACAGGAAGAAAGAAAGAUAGACGCGAUCUGUCGAAGACACGCAAUGCCUCUUUAGCACCACCUUCAGUUAGAAACGUAAUCUCCAACGCACACCAAAACGAUACUAACAGUAACGGUGCAUUGGUCAAUUCAAAAAAUAAGCUCAUAAAACGCAAACUAUCGCCGAAGACGAGUGCUAUUUCAAAUGACAACUUGACGGCAACAACAACAAAUGCCAGCAUCCUCAAACCAAUUCUCUCAAAGCAGUCGUCCACUCCAAAAACGCACCAUCCGGAUGUUGACGAUAGCAUUGCGAGAGGAGUGUCUAGCUCGAAUUGUCAGAAAACAAAAAAGACGAAGAGAAAGAAAAUUGGAACAAAGAAGAAAGAAGUGGAUUUGGCCGAUCAACUGGUUCAUCAUAAGAGCUCAUCAUCAGCCAGUCAAUCAACAACUACAACAACAGUAACAGAUGCACUUAUCGGCGAAUCUGAAACGACAAACAAAGAUAACCAGAGACAAUCUUCCGAAAAUAUUGACAAUCCGAAUUUGGUCGAUAAUGAAGACGCUCCAGAACAAUCAGAAGCAGCAGCAACAGCAGCAGCAGCAACAACAACAACAGAACAACAAAGUAUUCUUCCAGCACCGUUGAUCGCUAAAAAUUUCGAUUCGCACGAAGAGGAGCGGCCGAAAUCUCAUCCUGAAGACAGCCAUCCACAGCAACAACAAGAAAAAGAUCACGAAUCUGUUAAUACUGAAAAUUCUGCACAUUCUCAACAAACAUUCGAUAGCGACCAUCAUAAUGAUGAUAAUAACACCAAUAAUAAUAAUAAUAAUAAUAAUGAUAAUAAUAAUAAUAGUAAUAGUAAUAAUAAUAAUAGUAACAAUCAUAAUGACAAUAAUACGGAAAUGGUAAGUAAAUGUGAAUCAAAACAGUCACCAUCAUCAUCAGAAGAGGAAGCAGAAGAAGAACGACAAGAGGAUGCAAAAGAAGUGGAAGUAGAAGAUACUGCGAACAGUUUUCAUCACCAGAAGAAUGACAACUCAAAUAGUAACGAGGACAAAAACGAAAACGAAAAAGUCUCAACUGUGGAACGGAGCGAUUCACAAGAAGAAUCUCAAGAAGAAAACGAUGAACAAAGUCAGCCCAUCAAUAAGCCAAUGAUGGUGACCGAUGGGACUGUUGCUGCCGCUGAUCACGAUGAAAAACUGUUGAAGGGUUAA